AUGGUGGUGAGAGAUUGCAAGCGUUCGGUUUUUCGUUUCCUCGUUAGGAGUUGGGAAAUAGCAAUGGGUGAUGGUAAUUAUGAUAGAACUUUGAUGGAGUUCCGUAUUCCCGAUUACAUAUUAGUGUCAGGAUCUGAGGGAGGAAGUGUUUCGCAUGUACCUGCAUGCCCAGUCAUUGUGUUCAUAAAUUCCAAAAGUGGUGGCCAGCUUGGAGGCGAGCUUCUUGUUUCCUAUAGUACACUUCUUAACAAAAACCAGGUUUUUGAUUUGGGAAAAAGUGCUCCGGAUAAGGUGCUGCAGAGGCUUUAUGCUACUUUGGAAACGCUCAAGCAUAAUGGAGAUAAUUUUGCAGCUGAAAUUCAGAAUAGAUUAAGAAUAAUUGUUGCAGGUGGAGAUGGUACUGCCAGCUGGCUUCUUGGAGUUGUAUCUGACCUUAAAUUACCUCAUCCGCCACCGAUUGCAACAGUGCCAUUGGGGACCGGAAAUAAUCUUCCAUUUGCAUUUGGAUGGGGAAAGAAAAACCCAACCACGGAUCUUCAAUCAGUGAAGUCAUUCUUAAAUAAUGUAAAAGCGGCAAAGGAAAUGAAAAUAGACAGAAAUGUUCUGGCUACAGAAGUCGCAUGUGCAUUUGUAAGACUUGUGUCUGAGACAGUUAUGUGUUUAAAGAUAUUUUGCUUCCUUAUCCUCCCUUAUUUUACGAUAGCAUUGCUUAUUCAACAUUGGCAUAUUGUAAUGAGAAUGAAGGCUCCAAAAGAAGGUUCAUGUGACCCUAUUGCACCCCUUGAGCUGCCUCACGCUAUGCAUGCAUUUCAUCGCGUCUCUUCAACGGAUAAACUAAACACGGAGGGUUACCACACUUACCGUGGGGGAUUUUGGAACUACUUUAGCAUGGGAAUGGAUGCUCAAGUAUCUUAUGCAUUUCAUUCUGAGAGGAAGUUACAUCCAGAAAAGUUUAAAAAUCAGUUAUAUAAUCAGAGUGCCUAUCUGAAGCUUGGAUGUUCACAAGGAUGGUUCUUUUCUUCUCUGUUUCAAUCUUCACGGAACAUAGCUCAGCUGGCAAAGGUUAAGAUAAUGAAAAAAGGUCACUGGGAAGAUCUCCUCAUACCUCGCAGCAUUCGGUCAAUCGUUUGCCUUAACUUGCCCAGCUUUUCUGGGGGACUCAAUCCUUGGGGAACACCAAAUAGGAAGAAAUCAAUUUAUAGGGAUCUGACUCUUCCCUAUGUGGAUGAUGGCCUAUUCGAGGUAGUUGGUUUUAGAGAUGCUUGGCAUGGUCUUGUUUUGCUUGCACCAAAUGGACACGGAACUCGUUUGGCACAGACAAGCAGAAUCCGCUUUGAGUUUCACAAGGGUGCAGCUGACUGCACAUUCAUGAGAAUUGAUGGAGAGCCAUGGAAACAACCGCUCCCAAAAGAUGAUGACACAGUUGUUGUCGAGAUAUCACACCAUGGUCAAGUCAGCAUGCUUGCCACCCCAUUGUGCCGUUCUAGAAGUACCUAUGAUCCCUCCUCACCUUCCGUUGACAGGGAAGAAGAUGAUAGCAGUGAUGAAGAACUACCAGAAGAUUCGGAAGAACGGCGCAAAUUUGGUGCAGCUGAUACAUUCAGAUAUCCUGAUGGAAUUGAUAUAGCUCAACUCAGGUAA